GAUACAGGAUGGUGUGAACUUCAGAGACAGAAACUCUCCUCUUUACAUUACAAACAUCUGCCGUCGCUCCUGGGUUUUUUUUUGGUCGUGAAUGUCUCAUCAUUAGCCUCUAGAUGUUUAUGUUUCUGUUUUAUCUUUUUUAGUAAUUAUUUGGUGAAUAUUUUUUAAGUAAGUAUCUAUGUGACAGAGCGCCAGUGUAAACUUGACAUGGCUGAGUUACUACCACAGCAGCCGCAGCCGGUCGAUAUAGACCCGGACUUCGAGCCUCUCUCUCGCCCGCGGUCAUGCACCUGGCCGCUGCCCCGGCCGGAGCUCAUCGACCCUGCCAGCUCCAACACAUCCUCCCCGGCGCCGUCGGUGCAGCAGGAGCCGGGAGGAAACACCGAGUUCAUCAGUAACCUCGGACUGUUAGAGGAGGACUACGAAGAAUACUCAGAGCAGAAACCGCCUUGCAAUGUUUUUCAGUGCCGGGACAGAAACUGUGUGCAUCACCACCCCCACCAACAUCACCACCAUCAGCAUCGUCACCAGCUCCAACAGCAGCAGCAGCUCCCGGGUCCGCAGCUGUCUUCUCAGCAACAGGUGCCUAAUCCUGGGGUCCCACCUUUGGGUGGUCCCGGUCAAAGGAAGAGCAGCUCGUCCCGACGUAACGCCUGGGGAAACAUGUCGUACGCUGACCUGAUCACCAAAGCCAUAGACAGCUCACCUGAAAAGAGGCUGACGCUGUCUCAGAUUUACGACUGGAUGGUCAAGAGCGUACCCUAUUUUAAAGAUAAAGGAGACAGCAACAGCUCCGCGGGCUGGAAGAACUCCAUCAGACACAACCUGUCGCUGCACAGCCGCUUUGUGCGCAUACAGAAUGAGGGAACUGGAAAAAGCUCCUGGUGGAUGCUGAACCCAGAAGGAGGAAAGAAUGGAAAGUCACCUCGACGCAGAGCUGCAUCCAUGGACAACAGCAAUAAGUUUGUCAAGAGCAGAGGAAGGGCCACAAAGAAAAAGAUGGCUCUGCAGGAAGGGGUUGAAGGAGGAGCGGGUAGUCCCAGUUCCCAGUACUCUACUUGGCUUGGAAGCCCAAACUCCCACAGUAAUGAGGACUUAGAAACCUGGUGCUCCUUUAGGCCACGUACCAGCUCUGAUGCCAGCACUCUGAGUGGUCGCCGCUCACCUUUCCCCUCUGAACAGGACGACUUGGGGGAGUCUGAUGGCCACAUAAUGUAUCCUGGAGUGGCUGUGGCCAAGAUAACCCCGACCCUUCCCAGCCUUUCUGAGGUGUCUGGAUCCAUAGGGCAGCAUGGCUCUGAAAAGGUCAUGGAGAGUCUGGUGGAUAACCUUAACCUGCUGUCUCCUAAAACCCCCCAGCUCAGCUCUGACUCCUCACACUCCCCACGCUCCUCAAAUGCUGGCAUGCUUCAGAAUAGCCCCUAUAGCUCCACUGGACUGGCCCCAUGCCAGCAGCAGGACUACCAGAAGUGCAUGUAUGGUCAGGUGAGGAUGCACUCCCUGUCCCCUGCUCCUAUGCAGACGCUUCCAGAGACAAAGCCUGGCUUUCGGACAUAUGAGAACCAGUAUAUGUGCUCUCCUGGGCUCCUGAAAGAGUUGCUGACAGGAGAGGCAGGUGCCAGUAGGGACAUGAUGCACUCUGAAGUUGGGAGGGGAAGUUGCGUAAUACCUACUUAUACCAACCAGAGCCAUGUGGGGGGUCACAAUGGAGUAAAAAUGAUGAAUCCUUCACAGAGUCACCCACUUCCACGUGUAAAUCCACACGCUCUGCAUAGCCAGGGUCCAGCUGCCUCACAAGACUUGAAUAGCUGUAACAUGCUACCCCUGACUAGCCUGACUAGCCAUUCAGAGCCCUCUCCCAGAAUGGCUAGUCUAAGAACAUGCAUGCAGCACCCCCUUGGACACCCAGCACACACUAAUGAUGCCUCAGCAAGCUACAACUACAGAGAACUCAGCUCUGUUCUCCCACACAGUCAACAUCAAGAGCGCCUGCCCAGUGAUCUAGACAGCGUGUCCAUUGAGAGGCUUGAAUGUGACCUGGAGUCUGUCCUCCAUGACACACUCAUGGAUGGUGGGGGGCUGGACUUUAAUUUUGAUCCAGCAGCUGGGCCUCAUGGGUUUACCCAGAGGGUGAAAACAACCACACACAGCUGGGUGUCAGGGUAGCAUCACAAACAGGUUUUUCUCCACAUCACUCCACUGCUCACCUUCAUUCAGAGAGUGGAAUCCAAAGAAGUUGUCACCAUCAUUAUCCACAGAGUAUCUGACACCAAAAAUGUACAUGAAAUUUCCUUUUACUCUAUGUUUAAGAAGAAGAGGUUUAUCAGAUGGUAGCUAGUCACUAUGCUAACAUAUCUGCUAACGUUAUUUCCUUGUUCCUCUGUGAGAAUUAAUCCGAAGUUCAACAUUUGUUCCAUGUGACUUUUCUCCCAGGUUGUUCGCGCCCCACCUUUCAUGACCCCGCGCCCCACCACUGGGGCACGCCCCACAGUUUGAAAAACACUGACUUAGGCCAUUAUUUUAAGAGGGUGACGAUAUUUUAACACAAGUUCCUCCUUAGUGUCAUUUGCCAACAUACAGGGAUUUCUUUUUAAUGCUACAGUGUGACCAAGAUUAUUGCAACUUCCAGAAGCAGCUUUCAAAAUAGCCACUUCAAAAACAGGGGCCAGGUAUACGACCACUUGUAGUCAAAAACUGUAAAGAGCAAUAAGAUGGAGUCAGUCAGUUAUCAGGUUGAAUGAUAAUACAGUAAUUAACUGAUAGUUGAAGUGGGUUGAGUCUCCUGUUGCAAAGAGACAAAUUGCAGGUGAGUUGUGCUCAUUGGGGCAGACUGAGUCAGACUGAUUGCAGCACAUUGUCUAUCUGCAUUUAGAAAUUAGAUGACAGUUAAUUGCAAACCUUUGCCAAUCUGAGAGUGAUAGCAGCCACUCUUCAGUCAGACAAUCAUUAUUUGGCUAUAGUUGUCUCCCCACCAGGCAACCUGUGCAGUCACCAGGAGGUUGACAGUGCUGCACACUACUUGUAGUUAGUUGCAGACAGCAAAAAAAAAAAAAAAAAAAAUUAAAUGUCUUCACUAGGUAGUUAACAAUUUUUUUCUAUUCUUAAGGAGGUUGCUAUCCUAUUUUUACACUAGCAUGAUUAAUGUAAAAGCAGUCUAGAGGCCUUUUCCUUAAGUUCCUGAUUUCCUGUCUGUGAAUACCUGAGUGACUUUGGAACACAAAUGAUUCAAAUAUUUUCCAACACACAUUACUUUGUAGCUGAUGGGAUUAUAUUUGCAAAUGUGUUUUAGGAACCAAUCAUCAAUGGCAAAAAAAAAUUUACACAACUGUCAACCUCGAGAAACUAUUAGGGUUAACUGAUAGAUACAGCAGUGUAUCAUCUGCAUAGUGAUGCAUAUUAAAUUAAAGAGCAAAUACUAUGUACGGGGACCAAGUGUACAUGCACAGGAAUAUACCUCUGGAUAAUCACCACAUAGAAGUUUAUGAAUCAAAGGAUAGAUGCUGUGGUACACUUCUGUCAAAAGAGCACUUCAGUUGAGUAUCAGACAUAUCUCCUCAGUAUCAGAUAUGAUUAGACCUUGAAAGUAUAAAUAACUCAUUUAUAUACUGCAUGAAGGUAUUUGUUUGUUUUACUGUAGCUAGUCAAUUCUUCCUUUUUAAGUUUGUAAAACACAUGCUUUGUAUAAUAUACUGUAUGUAUUGAUGUGUGUAGGUUUUUUAUUUGUUAUCAAGCUAAAAGAAGGAUAAAGAUAUUGUUCUGUUUUAGCCCUCUAAAAACUUUUCCUGAAGGUUCAUAUUGAUCUCCACCGACGCAGAGAAGUCUAUUUUGUGAAUGCUUGUUUGGGAAUACCUCUAAAUACUAAUGUUCCUCAAGUUUAUUUGGCCUUUUUUGGGGAAAAUUAGUGUAACACUCAGUGUAAUGUGUUCAUUUUUUUUUUUUUUACAGGAUUACAUGGACUUUGUAAAUUCUACCAAGCUUGAAAUAUUUAUAUAUAUUAAAAAAACAAAAAAAACAAAAAAACAUUCAAAACUGUAUUUUGAGGGAUGUAGAGUAGAUAAAAACGCUGAUGGUGAAAUCCUAGCAUAUAGCAUAUGGCAUAGCCCAUAUAGCAAAGCGUUUGCUGCUUUCCUCCGAGCAGCUUCAUUUGUCACCAAAGACACAUCGUAAAAGAAGAGUGCCAAUUUACUGUGCCUACAUCAUCUCACAGGCUUCUGUUGUGCAUAUUUUGUUUAGUAUUACAUUUUUUUUUUUUUUUUAAUUUUGACCUGUUACUUCUUGUAGUACUGAAACCUUGUACAGCAUGUAUGAUUGUGUUAGAGAUGUGGUUGUUUACAUAUCUCAGUGCAAACAAUAUCAGUGGCUAUAUGAACACUCAUACCUCAAAAUAUUUUACCUCUGAAGUGUUGAAGGGAGAUUUCCUGCCAUUUUCCUCACUGAGUAUUGUGUAGUGAAUUUGUCAUUUCAGACUCUUGAUUUUGUACAUAUUUGGACUUUUUUCAUAUUUUAUUGGUUCUGUAACAAGUUUAUGUAUAGAAAAAUAAAAUGCGGCCAUAUUUUUUGUUUGAUAUCCAUAUGCAGGUAUUUUUUUCAAACAAUGUAACCCAUUAAACGCAUAC